UUAGCUGUGUUAACUUCCUGUGCUUCCUCUGAGGCUAUUGAAGAAGGGUUGAUUCAUUUGGAUUCAAUGAGUAAGGCGUAUGGGAUAACACCAGGAGUUGAGCAUUAUAUUGGGAUGAUUGAGGUUUUAGGGAAAUCGGGGCAUUUGAAUGAGGCUGUGGAAUAUAUUGAUAAAUUACCGUUCGAAUCACCGGCAGAUGUUUGGGAGUGUUUGAUGAAUUUGGCAUGAUCAUAUGGGAUUGUUGUACUUGAAGACUGGGCUGAAGAGAUUUUAGUGUCGAUGGACCCAUCGAAGGAUCCUACUAGGAAGAAGGUUCCUACUCCGAAGGCUGUGAGAAGGUUCGGGAUUAAUCACAUGCUCGAUGGGAAGAAUAAGUUGGUGGAGUAUAGGAUUCCUCAGAGUAUUGAUAGGCCGAUAAUUCCUAAAGUGAAUGAACAAGGAUAUGUUCCUGAUACUAGAUAUGUGCUGCAUGAUAUUGAUCAGGAGGCAAAGGAGCAGGCUUUGAUGUAUCAUAGUGAAAGGUUGGCAAUUGCUUACGGGCUGAUUAGUACACCGGCUAGGGCUCCGUUGAGGAUUAUUAAGAACCUUCGUGUCUGUGGAGAUUGUCACAAUGCGAUCAAGAUUAUGUCAAAGAUUGUUGGGAGGGAGCUUAUUGUGAGAGAUAAUAAGAGGUUUCAUCAUUUCAAGGACGGGAAAUGCUCAUGUGGAGAUUACUCAUGA